AUGAGCCACAACAUUCUUAUCACUGGCGCUGCCGGUUACAUCGGCGGAUCCGUCCUCGCAGAUUUCCUAGAGCGCACGAGCGGCCCUAUCAACAAGGCAAACAUCUUUGCCGUUGUCCGAACGGAGGAGCAGGCCCAAAAACUGCAUGCGGCAAAACUCGGCGUCAACGUGGUCCAAUUUGAUCUGGCCAAUCAGCAAGCUGUUGCAGAAGCAAUUGUCGAGAACAAAAUUGAUCUCGUGAUUCAUACCGCUGGUGUCAUCGACCAUCAACCCCUGUCAAACCUCAUGAAGGGGCUUGGCGAGCUUCGGGUGGCGACCGACAAAGAUGUCUACUUCGUUCACACUUCGGUAGCGACCCUUUUCACCGAAGAUGGUGGCUGGUCUUCUGGCGAGGUCAAGGAUACCGAUGGUCUUUACGAAAAGGAGAAGGAGAUCGGGGGCCCAAACCAUGCGCGACUGUCCAAUAUCCUGGUCAUGGAUCAAGCUGAAGCAUUCGGCGUGACUCCCUUCAUCAUUCCGGUGCCCCUCGUUUAUGGGCGAGGCACUGGCCAAGGCAGAAAGCUGUCCGUCAAUAUUCCGGCCAUGGUCAGAGCUAGCAAGCGGCUUAGGGUUGUCCACAAAUUCGACAAAGAUGCAGAUUUGGUAGAGCUUUACAGGCUCCUAACGGAGAACAUCCUCCUUGGAAAGCCCAUUCCGAGCGGUCGUGAGGGCUACUACUUUGCCACAGUGCACCGAGUUCCCUGGUGGGAUGUCAUGGAUCGAAUUGCCGUGGCCAUGCAUGCACGCGGGCUCGUCGAUGAACCCACGACCAAAGUCUGGCCCAGCUACGACGUGGCGGCUGACACUCUUGGAUUUCCGCGACUGUAUAUCCGGGCUAUGGGGACCUCGAAGUAA